AUGAAGGAAGCAGCGGAGUUCCUAAGAAACGUGCCAAUGGACAAAAGGCCAUGCGUCUACACAAGGGCACAGGCUACAGCGCUGUAUGAGGAGCAUCGCAAGCAGAUUCUGAAGAAAUUGGUGGUCAGGGAGGUCCAGAAAAGAGUAACCAACAAGAUACUUGGAAAGGAGAAUAGCGAGACAGACCUGCUGUUUCUCAAAAGACGCUAUAACACCUCUAUGAGUGGAAUCAGUGACAUGUUGACCGAUGACGAGUGUCUGGACCCUGUGUGUGGGGUAGAGGAUCUAGAUCGCAGUGAAGUGCAAGAUCCCCAGUCAUCAUGUUCUCAAGCAUCUGGCCCAGACAUAGAUAGCUCUGAAGCGAAGCCCGGGCGCCACAGACUCAAGAGGGCUGAGAGGUUUGUAGACUUGGAGGCAAGCAUGUCCGGAGACGAGAGUGAAUCUCCUUACGAAGAAGAAGACGACCUUGGGGACCUAUCGUUCGUUGCCUCAUCUGAUGAAGAUUAUGAGCCAUCCGCCAGGAAGCACAACUACGACAUGCUAAAGAUAAACAGGAGCAUGUUGAAGAGGCUCAAGAAGAGGUUUUCAAAGAAAUCCCGCUGCAAAGUCUUUUUCGGGCCAAAAAACUACACAGAAAAAGUAUCGGAUGAUGAAGAGGAGAAGGAUGAGAAGGCAGAUCUGCUUGAGGAUACAAUCGAGGACAUUGCAGGAGACUUUGUGUUUCCUAAAGAGGAGAUGGAGUAUCCGGCAGAGGCAAGAUGCCUCCUUGCCAAGACCGAUCAGAUCGAGUUUGUCGAGGAUGUUAGGCUAGCAGAAAAGAGGCUGGGAGAGGGGAGGCGUGAAUGGGACUUUGACAACAGCGGAGACAAGUAA